GUAAAAGAAAAAAAGGAAGACAAAUAAAACCCCUUGAUGUGUAACCAUUGUCGUGGUCCAACCGUGGACCGAUUACGACAUGACAGAAAACUUGGGCCUAAUCCAGCAGCAAAUCCAGCAGCAAGAAGAACAGCGCACAGCAAACCCCCAGGCAGCAGCGUUAAAGCCAUACCUGGCAAGCCUGUUCGUCAACAGCCAGCCAACAAAGCCAGAGCACAACCACUACUUCAGCCGGUGGUCUAGGACCACACACACAACCCAACACCUCCUACGCACAGACUCCCCAAUUCCAUUCCCAGAACCCACACACCAAGUCCCCACAUUGGCCUUCCCAAAAAUCCCCAAAACAACGCCAUGGUCAAUUGUGGCCAGAGUCAAUGCCCCACCACAAGCCCGCGCUACGCUACACCGGCUCCAUGUAGAUCGCCUGCCCCGCCGAUACCACCAAGACUCCCCAAAGCAGUGCCGCUGUGGAGCUACAGAAACCCCACAGCACCUGGCAGGUGCAUGCCCACUCACAGCCCACUAUCGGGAUCAGGUUCUCCCCAAAUAUGUAGCUGUGGGCCAAGCCCUAGUGCCAAAUGUCCUCGCUGAGGUAGCUGAGUCGAUGGAAAGAGCCCAUGGCACUGGGAUCCAAGACAUGGACAUCUAUGAGCUGCCAAUCACAAGACCACGCCCCCCAAAUCGGCUCCCUUUCCCAUUCCCACCCACACAGAUCUCCCCAGGACACUGGCUAGUGUCACCAGCACUCCGCUGGACAGCAUUUACACUGCCACAGAUCAGGGACAAUUCGCGCAUAGCCCAAGAAUUCCAACAGCUCUGGGAGCUCGGUACAAGUCUGCUCAUUUACUUCCUGGCUAUUGCACGCCAUGACGAAGCCUACACAGACACCGUGUGGUCUACAGCCCGGUUCACUAGCGCAUACAAUGGAGAGUUCACCAAAUAUGCGCUUGCAUUCCUCCCACCCGACUCCUUCCUUCGCAGCUAUCUCAACCAGCUUAAACUUGCGGUUCCGACUACAAGCCAAAGGCAAUCUGAUCUCGGUGAUCACGAUCAAGACCAUAUCGGAUCGCAAAUAUCAGAAAACUCGCCCCGAUCACGCAGACCACCGUAAUGGACAAUCGCAGCCCUGUAACCAGGAUUUUGGAACCUCUGAGUGCAUGGAUUUCUCUCUUUAAAUUACCUCUCUAUUAUCUUAGCAGCAUUUGGCGGCUUUUCCUUUAGGACCUCCAUCUAAGAUACAAAUAAACGCUCUUUCACCAUGAGCUAGCCGGGCAUCUCUUCUUCGCUCCUCUUUGCGCAGUAAUCUUUUUGCACUCUUUCGCCGCCGCAACGCACUGUUUGCCGCCCUGAGUACGCCCGGAUUACGCCCU